AUGACGGCAAAGGAUCGGAAGACAGUGACGCCUGCUCUUACAAUGAACAGUGAACCUGCUAUGCUCUGUAAUAUCAUUCAAAGUGAAGCCUUCAGUAAUCUUGGACGCCACCAGCGAGUUACAGCCUUGGCUCUGAAGUUUAUUAAGCUUUUAAAGUCACAGCGACAAGGUGAUGUGAAUCAGAAGCCUGAGAUACAUGUGACCGGUGUAGACAUAGAAGAAGCCGAACUUCUAUGGAUCAAGGAAGUUGAGCGAGAGAUGAAGAGCAAGGAGAAUUUUAAGAUGAGGUGGGCCCAGCUGGGGUUGUUUGAGGAUGAUAAGGGAGUUAUUGUAGACUCGGGAACAGGGAGCUUACAGAUUCGGCGAAGUAUCCAAUCUUGCUUGACGCUAGCCACCACUUAAUUACACUUGUAGUCUGGAGAUGUCACGAAAGAGUCAUGCAUGGAGGAGUUGAGGAAACACUGUUCGAGGCCGAUAAUUUAUCAGAAGUUUGUUGUUUAUAUGCACAGUUUGUAACAAAUUUGAAGGGAAACCGUAUAAGGUUCCACGAGCUCCACCCCUGCCUAGCUACGGAGUGA